UGGGUUAGUGUGUCUAGCAGUGACUGUGAUUUCUGAUCUACCGGUGUAUACUUUGUAAUGUUUACUGGAUUAUUUUUAUAAUCGGUUACAUGUAUUUUUUUUUUUUUAAAUUCUAUCAGGAUCUAUAUGACGUUUUUAAUUCUAUAGCUAGAGUUUUAUCUUUAGUUGAAGAAGACAAGUAACAGAAAUACAAAGUGUACAAUGAAAACACUAACUUACAUGUAACAAAAAGUUAUAUAAAGUUUAAAAUAUACUUUGACCUAUUAUUGGAUUGAAGGAGCCGUAUGUCAAAAAAGAUGACACCAUAUUCUGUGAACCAGUCACAGGACAAAGAUAUGUGCUGUCCUGCAGAUGAUCCUCGCAGUUACUUAGACCACGACACGUCGACAUCUUACGUCAUUGCGCUGACCAAUGCCACGACAGAGCCCACCUUUAUGGCGUGCCUCGACGCAGCCGAAGAUGAGCGGCCAUGUUACAUUCAGCAAGACCGAAGCUCAGAGCCAGACACUCUCAACGACUGCGAAUGCUUCGACGUUCACGGCGGAUGGAUACACCGAACUGCCAGCGACAAGAUGCACUACUUUCAAGAGCCUGAAUACAAUGAAUGCGAAAACACUGACAGAGAAUUUCAGAACGAACAAUUGGUUGAGGAAGGGAUUCAAAACCAUAAGGUUAAUAUAGCUGAAGAGAUUUAUCAUACAAAGGAAUACUACGUCAUGGGAGGUGAGUCUAUGAUAAGGACUGGUGAACAAAACUAUUUACAUGAAGAUGGCUUGGAAUUGUAUAAUGCUGACAGAGGUAUCCAACGAAUAAUCAGUAUCAGAAAUAACUACGUACCUAAAGACUUUAAAAGAAGCUUUGAGAUCGGUGUUCUCAGAAGUAGCAGGCCAGAUAUUAACGAAAGUUUGGAACAUAAUUGCUCAAGUGACAUUUAUGAUACACGCGAAAAAGCAGGCAAGGUUUACACUAACCUAGAUGACCAGGGCAGCGAAAUCAGAACUGUCAACAAUUGCAUCUCACAAAACUACAGUAUCGACAUCAAAGUACGUAAAGGUUCAGCCGUCAACAAUGGCGUCAAUUGCAGUAGUGGUGGUGGAUACGAAGUUGAGAAUUACAACAGACGUGGAGGAUUGGGGAUGGGCGAUGGUGUUUGCCAACAAUGGAAUUUAGCGUCCUUAAGUCCAGAAGAGAACAGAGAGAAAGCAUCCCCUGCAUUAUUUUAUCAAAAUAGAGAGAAUACUGCUUCUGUAAGCCUACAGUGGAAUCAAGAGAAAGCAGCCCCGCAAUGGAACCGAGAGAACAGAGCCUCAACAAGCCCACACUGGAUCAGAGAUGAUAUCAAACCAACGAGUCCACAAUUUAGAAGAGAAAAUCUGACUGACGAACGUGAAAACCAAGAGAGUGAUAUUAAUCCAAUCCGUCAUUGGACUACACAAAGUAGGCCUAUUAUCUCUUUAAGACCUCAUUGGCAACUGGGAAAUGCUGCCACUGCCAGCUCACACUUAACUGAAGAGAAUGGUGCUUCUAGCUUGAAUGUAAGCAGAAGAAAUAUGAAAACUUCUAGCCCACAGAGAAUCCAACAGAAUGUGAACUCUGAAAGGCAUGAAAGCAAAUCCAGCAAUCAGUCAAUGUCAUCCUCUAGGUCUAAACACGAUUUAAUACAUACCCGUAAAAACUCUGGUAGACAUGUUGAAGCCACAUUGUUAAAUAAGUCAAACCCCACUGAACGAGACACUGUACAGAUGACAAGUAACGACCUGCUAAUGAGCAGCACAGAAUCUAUUAUGGAUGAGCCCCAAUUAACAUCUCGUAAUGAUGAUUCCAAGUCCACGCAAGAAAUAAAGAAAAAUUCUUCAAAUGGUUCAGGAAUAAAUCAUGUCAGAGCGGACUGCCCUAAAGUCGACGUCGACGAAAUAAUUGUUGAAGCAGUUGAAACUAAAUCCAAAGACAAUUCGACGUCCAACCUAAUUUUACCCCCAUGUCGUAUAUGUGGUGCCAAAGCCUCGGGAUUUCAUUAUGGAGUUAACAGUUGCGAGGCUUGCAAAGGCUUUUUCCGGCGCGCUCUAAAACGACCAAUGGUGUUUCACUGUACUAAAAAUAGCACCUGUGACGUAAAAGGCAACAAAAGAAGUUCCUGCAGGUUCUGCCGGUACAAGCGCUGCCUUAAGCUGGGCAUGUCCAAGGACGCCAUCAAAACUGGGCGAUACUCUCACAAAAAACGCACGCGGGACACCAUUGAGGUCAAAAUGUUACAGCAGGAACAAAGCGUUGUGACGGACUCUAGCGACAUGGAUGCACUUCUAAAAUCUCUGUUUUCAGCAGAUGACAACCUUUUAAAGUCAUCAGCUACAGCAACAGAAGAUGUAUUACUUGAUAAGCAGAUGGCUUAUCUCCGAUAUUAUAAGUUGCAAAACAGCAGUCAUGAGGAGCAUCAAAUGGACAUCUCUAUGGAAUUGGCUCAGGAGAAGGAUAAAAACAAUAGGGAUAUUGUAUCCCACAAAUUCAGACUUUCAAAAAGGAUGGAGCCCAGUAACGAUGUCUCAUGCACACAAGUGACAGGUGACCACAAACGUAUAACAACUUCGCCAAACAAUUUAUCUGGAAGUUUACCGGGAAAUUUACCUCGAAGUAUACCUGAAAAUAUACCCGGAAGUCCAAUUACAAAAACUACUGUAAAUAAUCGAAAUGUUUUUUCUGAUGUUCUGAGUUUAGAUAAAACGAACUUUCAUGGAAAUUAUAAUUCGCAAAUCAUCUUUCCAGUCAAAAAUGUUUCUCGAACAUCCAUCAACGAUUGCCAGCAGGAAUCCAGCAAUAGUUCCGUAAAUCUCAUCAACUGUAAUUUAGGUUUUGCAUAUCGCGGAAAACUGACUUCUUCUCGUAAUGGGAACUUUAGUCUUGCUUGCAGCAAUCAAAAACUUGAGAACACUGACAGCGAUAAUGAUAACGGGUCACGGAGUGCCACAAAAAGAACGAGAAUAGUCGAGCGCGGGGUGGCCCCCAUUGCGUCCCAUUGCAAAAGAAGAAAGUCGACGCCUGCGGAUAGUCUUGUCAAUGACGACAGAACUCAGGCUCACGUGAGUGAGGAGUCAAAAACUGCCGUCAUUGCACGCGCUGAAAAGUGGGUCAUGGGUUAUAUCAAGUUCGCCAGGUCAUUGCCGGGAUUCUCUUCACUUCCCUCUGAAGACCAGGCCAAUCUUCUAAGACAUGCAUGGGAUGAAGUGUGGCUACUUGAAGCUCAUAGAGGCUAUAACAUUGAUCUAGAGGUGGCUACAAUGCCAUCUGGCAAAUGUUUUCACGUGACUGAAAUGGAGAAAGGCUGGGGUAAAAACUAUGCCAGGUUAGCCUUCUCAAUGGCCGAGAUCAUCAAGAAGCACAACCUGUCCCUUGAGAUCAUCUCAUUACUAAAGGCUGUAAGCAUUGUUUCCCCUGACAGGUGUGAGCUUAAAGCCCGAAGAGAAGUUGAGCACCUUCACUGGACAGUCGUGACCUAUUUACUGCAUUAUCUGGACAUAAAGCACUCAGAAGACCACAAGUUGCUCCCUCGUCUAGUUGCUAUUUUAACGUCGCUCAGGGAAAUUAGUGAAACUGCCCAGUCCGGUAAGGACGCCGGAAGCGCUGAUGACAUACUCACGUCUGCUAUGCUGACAAACAUGUUCGCGCCUUUUUGAUUUCCUAAAUGCACACUUUGUUGGUGAAUCAACCAAGUGCACUUUAUAGGAGAACAAGUUAAACAGCAAUGAUCUACAGCCGAUUGAAACUGACAAUGAACAGCUAAUACAUUUCAAAAAUAAAAUGUUCUGAAGCCCCUGUUAA